AUGACUGCUUUUCUCAAAACUUUUGGAGGAAGAAACGGAUUUGUCUCGUUUGCGAUGGUGUUAUUUGUGGUGCUGUUCGUACUGACUGUCCUCCCGCUGAAUCCCUCGGGAGUUACGACCGUCGCUGCGGUGCCGCUGCGAGGCUUUCGCGGCAGCAGGCGAAUUGGGGUUACCACCCGCGCGAGUGAGGUUGAGAUGCUAGCACCGGGGGCUGAUGGCAGCAACAGCAACAACCCGCCUCUUCCCGUGGCGGGGAUUUUCGGCGACCUUCAGUGCCCAGCGGCAUCCAGCUAUUCCAUGUUCGUGCAAGCCAUGGCAUCCCUUCAGCCCCCCAUGGACUAUGCUGUUUUCCUCAACGGGGGGGGUCUGUCAUGGCAUCAUAUCUCUUCCUUUCCCCACGCCCAUCCGCCCUCCCUCUCCCACCAGAGCCCAGCGGCCUCGGACUAUUCCAUGUUCGUGCAAGCCAUGGCAUCCCUUCAGCCCCCCAUGGACUAUGUCGCUUUCCUCAACGGGGCUGUGGGCAUGGCAAACGGCAUCACCAUCCUCGCACCCUCUAAUGCCGCCUUCCAGGUAACCACUGCAUGCUGGUAA